AUAAGUGUAGCUUUUUUGCGAUGUAUAAAUGAGCACAGCUCUGAUUAAGUGAUUAUGUUCUACUUGUGUCAAGUUCUGCUACCCCAAUAACUUCAUAAAGAACCAAAAAUAUGUUUACGGAAGUUGAGUUCGAUUUUCCUUUCCUUGAAUCCAUUCCAAAACAUCUUUUUGACGAUCAUUUAGAGAUCUGCCACAAUACUACUUUCCAAAAUCCUAUAAGCUAUAUGAGCUCUAAUGUCAACAACUGGAGCUUUCCUGAAAAGUCGGAAGAGUCCCCUAAUAUGGAAGAUAUCUCGACCUUUUGCAACUCACCAAAUUCAUCGAAGUCAUCCAACAUGUGUAGCCCAAAUUCUAGUCCCAUUUUUCCAUUUUUUGUGGAUGAUGAAGUUGCACCAUCCCUAAAUCUUGAUGAACUUAUUGAAAUCUAUAGUAGUUUAGAUGAUAAAAGUUACAGCACACUUCCAGACACCAAUAUAGAUCACCUUAGUGAAGUUCCGAGCAUACUUGAAGAAACCCAAUCAGAAUUUUCUACCGCCACCAUUGGUAAUCACCCAUGCAUCCAUAACAGUUCAGAGAGAGAUAGAAGCAAGCCACAAAAAUGGGAUUUCUCGACUGGGCACGUUGUUCAGUUUGGCGAGGAAGCCUUUUCCAACAGGAAAGACAGCCGUAAUUUGCCAACAGUAAAGGAGUUGCAAUCGGAUGAUGGGCAUGACGUUCAUGUUCAACAUCUUUCGUUUCUUUCAUGCAGGAGUUACAGAGGGAUAAGAAGACGACCAUGGGGAAAGUACACUGCUGAGAUGCGGAACCCAGAAAAAAGAGGAUCGAGGUUGUGGCUAGGGACAUAUGAGACACCAGAGGCAGCAGCCAUGGCAUACGAUCGAGCGGCUUUUAAGUACCGUGGAUCAAACGCCCUGCUUAACUUCCCACAUUUGAUCGAGUCGCACAAGGAAAUGCCUGAAAAAAAUUUCACGAAGAACUUAUCAUCAUCUUCUUCAUUGAAGUCAACAAAAGACACGAUCAGGAAGAGAACGAGAACUUUAGUUAUUUAGAUUAUUUUUUUUCAAAGCAAUAAGUUGGAGAACUUUUGACGAUAUAGUUGUGCUGUCAAUUUCAACAUAUUAAUGUAAAAACAAUCAAUUAGGGUUUGAGUUUAUAAAAUAUAUUUAAAUGUUAAAAAAAAUAUUAUUCUUAUAACAAA